GAAUAGAAAAAAAUGGAGCAAAGUUAAACAGACUAUUUUCAAGAAGACAAAUUCAAACGCACCAUAUUGUGGCAUGAGAUACUUUUUUUGAUAUUCCCGUGUAAUGAUGGAAUUUAGUUUUUUAUACAUUUGUGGCGAUAUGGAGUAAAAGUCCGCCAUAGUCACCCACCACGCCCGGAGUUCAACAUUUGGAGGUUUACCUCUUCGACCCGAAAGUAGCCAAAGUGUUUUCAAGGGAGUCAUGACUUUGAACUCCAUAGGGGCCUGUUGCCUCAGCGAAGAGGGAAAGGAGGCUCGGCGGAUCAACGACGAGAUCGAAAGGCAGCUUCGCCGGGACAAGAAAGACUCGAACCGCGAGUUCAAGCUGUUGCUUCUCGGGACUGGUGAGAGUGGGAAGAGCACCUUCAUCAAGCAGAUGAGGAUCAUCCAUGGGACGGGCUACUCCGAGGACGACAAGCGAGGCUUCACCAAGCUGGUGUACCAGAACAUCUUCACUGCCAUGCAGACCAUGAUCCAUGCUAUGGAGACCCUGCAGAUCCUCUACAAGUGUGAAGGCAACCAGGGCCAUGCAAAUAUUGUCAUUGAAGUGGACGUGGAGAAGAUCACGUUUACAAAUCCGUACAUUGACGCCAUUAAGAGUCUAUGGAAUGACCCAGGGAUCCAGGAAUGCUAUGAUCGGAAGAGGGAAUACCAGCUCUCAGACUCUGCCAAAUACUACCUGAAUUCACUGGACCGUAUAGCUGAGUCAUCUUAUGUGCCGACCCAGCAGGAUGUGCUCAGGGUCCGGGUCCCCACCACAGGCAUCAUCGAGUACCCCUUUGAUCUCCAGAGUGUGGUCUUCAGGAUGGUGGAUGUGGGUGGUCAGAGGUCCGAGAGGCGGAAAUGGAUCCACUGCUUUGAGAAUGUCACCUCCAUCAUGUUCCUGGUGGCUCUCAGUGAAUACGACCAGGUCCUGGUAGAGUCUGACAACGAGAAUCGAAUGGAGGAAAGCAAAGCAUUGUUCAGGACAAUAAUAACCUACCCAUGGUUUAAAGAUUCCUCAAUCAUACUAUUCUUAAAUAAGAUUGACUUAUUGCAGGAGAAAAUCUUGUUCUCACAUCUGGUGGAUUACUUCCCUGAAUAUGAUGGACCCCAGCGGGACCCACAGGCAGGAAGAGAAUUCAUCUUAAAGAUGUUUGUGGACCUGAAUCCAGAUAGCGAUAAAAUCAUCUAUUCCCACUUCACCUGUGCCACCGACACGGAGAACAUUCGAUUUGUCUUUGCCGCUGUCAAGGACUUCAUCCUGCAGCUGAAUCUCAAGGAGUACAACCUGGUUUAAAGACUCCAGCCGACAGCAGUUACAGACUUUUAAUGCAAUCUGCUCCAACAGCUGCAGCCAGAGACCAGGGCCCGGAGCCAUAGUACAAACUUCUUCAGUAUGACUGGUUGUCUUCCACUACGCUGAAACCCUACUACCCACAAUGGGAGUUGAAGACUGCAUCUACAGAGCAUUUCCAUAAAUGGCUGGAUUAUUUCCAAUGGAUCAACUGCUCACCCCUGCAUUUAGUUUUAAACGGGCAUCUUUGAUUUUGUUCACGAGGUGUGUCAUGAUGAUGAAUAAUACGGUGCCUUUUUGAGGAAAGAUGAUUCUGGUGUACAUUGAGAGUUAUUAGGAACUCUUUGUAAACCAUUCAAAACACAUUUAUAAACAGUGUAAACACACUUCAGAUGAGAGUUAAAGUGCUUUGAUGUGCCACCUGUCUCUCUGAGGACUGUUGACCCAUGGCUCUCUUGUCAGAGAAUGUCUGGUUGACAUUUAGAUAACUGCUAUGCAGCUCUUCACCUAAUAUCCUCCAGCGGGUCACAGUCGCAGUCUAUACAUUGUUUACGUAUUUAAAUGAGUAGUCAUUCUCUGGGUCAGAGGAUAGAAUAAACAAUCAUAAUCAUCACCUAGGACGUGUAACCUAGCAUACAGGUAUUAUUUGCACAAUUGACACAUUUUGUUGUUUUUCUAUUGGUGUAUACAUUGUAAGUGGGGCUUAUGUGUUGCCAAAAUAGUAUUACCUCUAUUGACUGAAUAGCCUGUACUGAAGUGUGAAAUCUGAAGCUGUACCACCACAUUUUUAGCUGAAAUGCUGCAGUUGUAAUACUGUACACGUCAACUACCAGUGUUAUAACAUAACUAUAUUUGCCCCCGCUAAACAGAGCAUCAUGAUACUGUUCCUCAUCCAAUAAGGGAAUGUUAUCCACUUAGACAAGGUCUAUCGUUGAUCCGUAACAUUGCUUUUUGUCGGUCCUUUGUAUUCUCAGUGGAGAUGUACUGUAUUGCUUUGGCACAGUUUCAGUUCAGGGACAACUUUGAUUAGCAUUAUUGAGUCACUCUCUGGUUUCAAGAUCCUUUGUGAAAAGGGCUGAAAAUGAUUCCCCAUAUUGUGUGUGUCUUUCUCGCGCUCUCUCUCUCUCUCGAUAUAUAUAUAUAUAUAUUGCACUUUGUAAAUACAAACUGGUACAGUGACUUCCUGUGUGUUCUCUUGUUUCAAGGUCCCGUAAAAUGAAAAGUGUCGUAAUUCUUACCUGCUGAAUGAGAACGUUGGGUCCAAUGACCUGCUUUGAACACAUGCGUUCAUUUCUUGAAUCAUAUAUGUAAUAUGAGAGUACAAAUAAAUACUAAUCAGAAGGUUCUCUGCACUGUUUAAUUUGUGUCAAUCAAUCUGUCGUUACGUGCCAUUUUUAAAGUCUGUUGAAAAUAAAGCAUAUAUAUUUUGCUUUCUUGUCAAAUUAUUUUUGGAGCAAUGUACAUGUUUUGAAAUUGUGAUGGAAUAAAUCAUUCCAAUUUACGCAA